CCACCGCGAAGCUGGUAUUAUAUGUAUUUUUUAGAUAUUUAUAUUCUUGUGAGUGCUUGUUCAACUGUGUGGUCAUUAUUGAGGAUCUAUUGAGGUUUGUGUUACUGCUGAUGUCGUGGCAACAUUCACAGUUUCUGACUAAAAAACACAUAAACCCUUGUGUAUGGCAGCAUUCAGAAGUGAUGCUAGGCACUGAUGUGUUGAUGUGCUGUUGGCGAGUUAAAAUGGUUUCCUGCCUUUGAAUCGGGAGGCUUUCUAGUCUUGAAAGCAGUGGAGUUUUAAAUGUCAGGCACUAAGUGUACAGCAGGAAGUCAGAUGCACCAAUCAGGCAUAACAUUAUGACGAUCGUCCUAAUAUUGUGUGGGUCUCCCUUGUGCCUCCAAAACAGUUGCGACUCAUCAGAGGAUGGACAUGGGUCUUCUGAGGGUGUCCAGUGGCAGUGGAGACCUUGGGGUCCUGUGUGUUGAGGAGAGGGGCCUCUGUGGAUCAUCCAUCUAGUGAGUUUGGAGGCCAGGUCAACGCCUUGUGCCGUUUUUCAUGUGUUUUGAGUUGUUCCUAAACAGUUUGUGUGUGUGUGUGUGUCUGUGUCAGGCUGCAUCCUGCUGGGGAUGGCUGCUGCCAUCAAGGAGUGUCAUUGCUGUGGGGUGGGGGUGUGUCUGGUCUGGCGUAGGCGGGUGGGCACAUGUCCGAAAAACAUCCACAACAAACGUUUCCCAGCGGAACACUACAUUGUGACCAGAUGGUUGAUGUUAUGUUCUCCUCCUGUCAGUGGUUUUAAUGUUGUGGAAGAUUGGUGCAUAAAUCUUUUGGGAUUACAUUUAAUCCUUUCAAUAUUUUUUUAAUUCAGAAAUGCCUGUAUAUCACAGACACGAACAAAAAAUGCUAUGAUCUCAUGUUUUUUUUUUUUUUUUUUUUUUUUUUGUAGAUUGUAAAUUGUAGACCAGUGUAUGACAACAUGGUACUGCAAUUUCACAAACACCAAACAUUGUGAAAAUCUAUUAACUGCAUAAUAAGCACCCCGCGUGGUUAUAUAACUUCCCUUGUCUCAUGCAAAGUGAUGGUUACUUCUUGAAUAUGUUCCCUGCUAUAAUAAGGCAGCAUGUUCACCAUCAGCUGAAGCUGUGGCAGCACUGCCAUCUCCUGCUGAGCUAAGCACAGAGCGUAUUAACAGCCUGACAUGCUUCUGCUGAGAGGAUUACACUUCAUAUUUACUGUACAUGACCACAGUGGUCUGGAACAGGCGGGCAGCUUUUAUCAGGAUCAUAGAACAUAUGACACCUGAAUGCAACAAUACCCACAUUUUAACACUUCAAACUAGACUUGUGUCCCUCCGGAGAAAAACAUAAAACAGUUAAAUUGUACGUAUGCGCAUGAGUGAGAGCUGUCUGUGAUGACACCGAGAAAGGGAUCCUUAUUUGUUUCACACAAAAGUCCCCGUGCACAUGCACGGUUUAAUCUAAUGACGCAGAGCAAAUGCGCACAGCACAACAUCUGCAAGAAAACAGACAAAUUAAUAGAAGCCAGAAAAUGGGUUAAAAAGCAGUUUGAGUGCAGCGUUUUCACACCGAGCGAAUCCCCUCGCCUGCAGCACCCAGAAGUGAACAGCAGGCGACCCGGAAGGUUUGAAGUCCGACUGAGAGCAAGCAGAAAGAAGAGUCUAAUCCUUUAUAAAAUAUUUCUUCUCUCGCUGGUUCAGGAUGGCUGAACCCCGCUUCAACAAUCCAUACUUUUGGCCUCCACCUCCUACAAUGCCCGGCCAGCUGGAUAACCUAGUCUUGAUCAAUAAAAUCAAGGAACAGCUGAUGGCAGAGAAGAUUAGGCCUCCACACCUGGCCCCUGCUUCAGCCCCAUCCCAACAGCCCUUGCUGGCUCCGCCCGGCCAGGUGGAAGGCGGCCAGCACGGGAUGUCCAAAACCCAGCAGAUGCAGGUUCUCCACAGCCACAGCCCCUCUCAGCCUGAUAUCGCCCUGCACGCCCGCCCAGCCUCCAGCUCAGUCACAGGUCGUAUUCUAGGAGAUGUAAACCUGAAUCUGGAUGAUAAGGCAGCUAUAAAAGCCAGGGGACUUUGGGAGGACUGGCACCUGCGUCAACUCAUUGAUCAUCCUUCCAGGACAAACCACGUCUCAGGUGUGGCACUGGCGUCCCGAACAGGCAACCUUAACACCUCAGAGAUCAUCACCCCCACCACACCCACCUCAAGCAGCCACAGCCGGCUGGGCGGGGCUCCCACCCCUCACCUCAUCUCAGGGUUAGCUGGCUGCCAUGGGAUGGACCAUGGGAAAAACAAUGGGGGCCUUGUGGGGCUCCUUGGCCCACCUCCAAAGGUUGACCGAGGGCGUAAGAAGAUCAAGGCAGAGAAUGGGUCUUCUCUUUUAGUUGUGCCCUAUCCGAUCCUUGCCAACGACCAGUCCUGCGUCACAAUUGCUACAAAAGAAGGGAAAACCUACAGGUGUAAGAUGUGUCCGCUGACCUUCUUCUCCAAGUCAGACAUGCAGAUUCACUCCAAAACGCACACAGAGGCGAAGGCUCACAAGUGCCCUCACUGCACGAAGUCCUUUGCGAACGCGUCCUACCUGGCUCAGCACCUUCGCAUACACUUGGGCGUCAAACCCUACCGCUGCUCCUACUGCGAGAAGUGUUUUCGCCAGCUCUCCCACCUGCAGCAGCACACCAGAAUCCACACGGGCGACCGGCCUUAUAAAUGCGCCCAUCCGGGAUGUGAAAAAGCUUUUACUCAGCUGUCUAAUCUGCAGUCUCACCAGAGGCAGCACAACAAAGACAAGCCCUUCAAAUGCUCCAACUGUUACCGUGCCUAUUCAGACUCUGCCUCGCUGCAGAUCCACCUGUCUGCACACGCCAUCAAAAACACCAAGGCCUACUGCUGCAGCAUGUGUGGCAGGGCAUACACCUCAGAGACGUAUCUUAUGAAGCACAUGUCUAAACACACAAUGGUGGAACAUGUGAUGUCCCAUCACUCCCCUCAGCACAGGACAGAGUCUCCCUCCAUCCCUAUACGGAUCUCCCUCAUCUAAACUCCUCACCCGUCUCCUGCUGUCCCAUCAGAGACGUCUCUUGUGAUCCCGCCUCUCUAGUCCUUCGAUGGACCACACGACCCAUGAACGGGUUCGAGAAAUGUGCCAGAUUGACAGUAUUUUGAGAAGAGGUGCUUUUAAUGAGUAUGUUCUCCUUUCCUUUCUUGCUGACCAGAUAGUAUUAUCGGGGGACAUCCAAAGAUGAUUUCUCAGCACUUUCAGGCCUGAAAAUGACGGGCCUAAAAAAGUUUUUUUCCUUUUUUCUAUGUGACUUAACAGACAAAAAGUAUUGCUCCAGGCAGCUACACGGAAAAUCUUUCUAACAUUUUUGUGUUUUGCAGAUCAGUGUCUUUUUUUUUAUUGUUUACUUUCUUCACUUAAUCUUCUGCAAAUAAUAUAUUUGCAUCAGAAAAUGUCUUCCAUUUAAUGGGUGGCCAAGUUAACAUAAAGGUGGAUGCUUAUAUAACGUGUAUUCAUUGUGUAUCGUGCCACUUCCCAUGUCAGUGUUUGCAACGUUCAUCAAUUAAGGGGCCAUAAUGCACACAUUAAUGAUGUGUCAACAUUUUUAUUACAGUCAUUUUCAACCUGUUGCCAACAUCACACACACCGGGUUGAGUGAUUAUGUAUUCAUGUAUUUUUACAGUGUUUGAGAUGCUUAAGUCAAUUCCGUAAUAGUCAAGUGCUAAAUUAUGAGCACGGUUAAAAGGUGUUUAAUAAAUAAAACACCUCCAAACCAUCAAAAAAACAAACAAAACACAGAAUUUAAAUUGUGACACAGUGUGGCAAACAGUGUUUUAAAUAAUUCAAAAAAGUGUAUAUUUCAAAUUCAAAUCUUAAACAAAUUUUGCAGUGUUGCCCUUCUGCAGCUGCCAUACAGAGGGUUGUGUUACUGCCUAAAAAAAAACAAGGAUUAGCGUAUCAAUGAAUAUAUUUUUUCCACUGGUAUUUGACAGAAUAUUUUGACAUUGUGUAUGCAUUUAAGCCUUAUCUAUGUUACAACUCUAGGGUUGAUUCUGUUUUUUCUCUUUAUGUUGGUCUUUUAUGUCCUAGCAUGGUAUAUACUGUAAAUAAGCUAUAUUAACUGUCAACCCGUUUUAUAAUAAAUUGUUCUAUAAUUACA